UUAAUUCCACGUUUUCCUCCCUGCGUGAAUAUUUCAGAGAGAGUGACAGCCAUUCCUUGUGACAGCCCUCUGAUUAAGAAUGGGGUGACAGUAAUUGCUUGUCUUGUUUGAUUUUUUUUUUGAAAGCAUUUGACUAUGAUGCAUAUAUCUUUAUCCCUCCCCAAUAAAUCCAAAAUAGGGGGUAAUAACUUCAGAUUUACUUUACUAAUGUAUUAUCUCUGAUAACAGAUUUGCAGUCUCCCGUAUUUUCUCCCGUCUGUGUUUAUGAAUGGAGAUGGGGCCUUAAUUCUCUUCUGUGAAUGGGAUUAUUAUACUGACCGUGCUGAGUGUAACUUCGAUGUAAAUUCUUUCAUUGUGCUAUUUUGUCAUUAAUUACGUAAAUUAUUCCCAUAUUUUCGUGGGGUUGAAUUAAAUCUAUAUGGAAACUAUGGGCAGCCUAACAUGGAAGAUUUUCCUUUUGUGGGGCUUGAUAUAUUGAUUAUAUUCAUGGAGAUUGAAUUUCUAACAGUAACCAUUAAAAUGUAAAUGUCUCAUUUUAUUUCCUAACAUUGGAUAGUUUCAAGGUCAUUUUAAAAAAAUUUCUUAAACAAUUAGUGGUCCAGAUACUUUAAGGUAAUCGUUUGGAACAAAACACCUUCUGAAAUUCCAGUCGGAGAUUCACCAUUUUCUAACUUUUGGAAUGAAAACCUCUAAUAUAGUCAUGAUAGUCAUAGUUAAAUUUCUUUUCUAAUGGUUAUUGGAUAUUUUUUGGUUAGUGUGUCAAAGGGGAGGAGGCUUAUUUUGUUUUGAGGUAAUCUUUUGUUUAUUUCACUCUAUCUUGGUCAGCUAUUAAUUUCCUUCUUUCAUGUCAUAGAUUUAGUUGUUAGUUUGUCAACAUGGCUGUUGAUGUUUUUCUCUUUCUCUGUCUCCCUUUUUCUCUUAUUUUCUCUUACCCCCACCAGGUGCUGGAGUCUCCUUGUCGGGGAGGGGGGCAGUCUGUGAUUCUGAAAAUAGCCAAGAAGGGGAACAGCAAAUUCAGUCACAUGCAGUCCUCUACUAAGUCAAGAGCCACUCUCCUCUUCCCCCAUUUUCCCCCUGGGGGGGGUAAGGAGUUGUAUAUCUAACCUUUAGACUUUUGGCUAGUAGCUAAAAUUGCAGUUAUCUUACUUUCUGGUUGGAAAGCUUUUAAAAUUUUUCUCAUGUUUCCUAUUGAAUAUGAUAUUAUCUGGGAGUGGAGGAGAAAGUGACAACAAGAAGUUAUCCCUUUUAUUCUUUUCCCUUCUCUUUUGGUCCCCUUUUCCUCACCAGAGGGAAAUUACCGGUGACAUAAUUUUUCUAUCCUUCCUUUGCAAUAUUGUAAAGAAACACAUUAAAGUGAAUAUGCUUUUUAAAAAAUCUCUGGCUGUCGAACAUCAGUCAGUCCUCAGGCAUUAGUUUGUUGGCACAGGAUGAGACAUACCUUUUAAAAUAUCUCCCAGUUCUUUCUCAAUUUAUAUUCACCUUGGACUUGCUGUUGGGGUCACUAGGUGAAGUUUCUCAAAACUUUUCCCCUCCUUAUAAGCUAAAGGACUGAACGUUGUGAACAGUGAAACAGAUUGGGGGAACACAGCGGAGUGAGUUGUUCCACACUUUGGGUUGUAGCUUUUAUCAUCUUCCUCUGGGGAGCAGGCAUAGUAGAGACCUAAACUGAAUGAAAAUGGGUGGAGGAAGAACUUCUAUACCCAGGAACAGCCCAUGAAGAGUGAGAGAAACCAAACAUAAAGUAAGGAGGAGUUUACAUUCAGGAGGAAAUAAUCCCGGAAAAGGAAAAACAGGCAGAUCAAGAUGUGUAGCUCUGUGGCUGCCAAGUUAUGGUUUUUGACAGAUCGUCGAAUCAGGGAAGACUAUCCCCAGAAAGAGAUCUUACGAGCAUUAAAGGCCAAAUGUUGUGAAGAGGAACUGGACUUUAGGGCUGUGGUGAUGGACGAGGUGGUGCUAACAAUUGAGCAAGGAAACCUAGGUCUUCGGAUCAAUGGGGAAUUAAUUACUGCCUACCCCCAGGUGGUGGUAGUUAGAGUACCAACCCCAUGGGUGCAAAGUGAUAGUGACAUCACUGUUUUGCGCCAUCUAGAGAAAAUGGGAUGCAGGUUGAUGAACCGACCUCAAGCCAUCCUGAACUGUGUUAAUAAGUUCUGGACAUUUCAAGAGUUGGCAGGUCAUGGUGUUCCUCUGCCAGAUACUUUCUCUUAUGGGGGUCAUGAAAAUUUUGCUAAAAUGAUUGAUGAAGCAGAAGUACUGGAGUUCCCAAUGGUUGUGAAGAAUACACGAGGUCAUAGAGGCAAAGCUGUGUUCUUGGCUCGUGAUAAGCAUCAUUUGGCUGACCUAAGCCAUCUUAUUCGCCAUGAAGCUCCGUACCUAUUCCAGAAGUACAUUAAAGAGUCUCAUGGAAGGGAUGUACGUGUCAUUGUCGUGGGAGGCCGUGUGGUUGGCACCAUGUUACGUUGUUCAACAGAUGGGAGGAUGCAAAGCAACUGCUCACUAGGUGGUGUGGGGAUGAUGUGCUCAUUGAGUGAACAAGGGAAGCAGCUGGCUAUCCAGGUGUCUAACAUCCUGGGAAUGGAUGUAUGUGGCAUUGACCUGUUGAUGAAAGACGACGGCUCCUUCUGUGUCUGCGAGGCCAAUGCAAAUGUAGGUUUCAUCGCCUUUGAUAAGGCUUGUAAUCUAGAUGUAGCUGGUAUCAUAGCGGACUAUGCCGCCUCCCUUCUGCCCUCUGGCCGGCUCACCCGGCGUAUGUCCCUGCUCUCCGUGGUGUCCACGGCCAGUGAGACUAGUGAGCCGGAGCUGGGUCCCCCAGCCAGCACUGCUGUCGACAACAUGAGCGCAAGUUCCAGCUCUGUCGACAGUGACCCUGAAACCACGGAGCGAGAGCUGCUCACCAAGCUCCCAGGGGGCCUAUUCAACAUGAACCAACUGCUAGCCAAUGAAAUCAAACUCCUGGUGGAGUGAUUCCACCAGUAAAUAAUUAACCAACAAAAACCCUUGUAAAACUUUCUUUUUCUUCCUUUUUUUAUUCUUUUUUCUUUUUUCUUUUUUUAACCAACUUGCAAUGCUGUUCAUGGAAGAUGCUCAGGAAGAUGAGAAAAAAUUGAGUAGGACUAGUUAAAGAAGGGGGAGAUAGACAAGACCGCUAUUAAGGUGAUACUGACCUUAAUUUACAAAUCCUACAGAGAGAGAGGCAGAAGAGGUGAGAUAGAAAAAAAUUUCAGGCUUUCAUAGUUACCCUUUUAAAUUACUCAAUGUGUAGGUUCUCAGGCCAUGAAGAACUUUUUUUCAUGGUCCCUUGCUUUGUUUUUGUACAAUUGGUAGCAUAACUUCACAUUGUGUUAUAAUGGGUGAGGAAAACAUUACCUAAAUUACAGUUUUUUAUACAAAUCUAGAAAUUCUGUCUAUACUCUAUUAACUCGCAGAUUUAUUUCAUAGUUUAUGAAAUCUUGAGGGACGCUUACUGAUUUUUUUUUUUUUCCCUUGAUUUGGAUGGGAGGGCAAUGUGAAUGUGACCCAAUAAAGGAUUUUUAAUGACAAAAUUGGCAUGUUUGCAUGAUAAAAGGGAAAUGAACAGUAUUGCAAUGUCUGGCACACAAAAUAACAUUUACUCCAUUGUAGAUAAAAUUGCACUAGUUUAAAAUAUGUGCAUUGACUUGUAUUUGUGUUUUAGUCUUUUUUGAAAGAUAUAUGCUGUUAUGUUACUUUUUUUUUUAAUACAUGCUAGUCUUAACAUUCCCUGAUCUAUGCCUGCAUCUUUAACAAUGGCCAAAGUGAAGAAAAUGCUACCUUUUUUGUUAACAAGACACUGACUUGAAACAUGUGCAUUUAAAGCCUUUUAUUUUUCCUUUUCUCUUUUGGUGGUUGGGCAUUUAAAGAAUAAGGACAAGGAAAAAUAUUUUUAAGGGGCCAAAUCAAGGGCCUAUAAGUAUAAAGCUGAAGUGAUUUCUAAUACCAGCGUUAUAUAUUUGCAUUUUUCACAUUUAAUGAGGGAGCGCACAUGCGCGUGCAUGUGUGUGUGUGUGUAUGUGUGUGUGUGUGUGUGUACACUCGCCUGUGUGUACACAUGCAUGUGUAUAUGUUUUGCUUUUUGUUUACACCAACCAAUCAAAAAGGAUAGAUGAAAAGAAAAUCUAUGAUGGGAAAGUUUUUUUCUUACUGUACUCCACUGGGUAGAUAUACUAUCCAAAGGUACCCAUACAUACCUAAAGGCAUAAGGAGAGUAGAUGCUUCUUAGGCUUUUGUGUAUAUGUAUGUCUUUUGGUUUUUCCUUUGGUUCUAGACUGUUCAUUGUUUGGUUUAUUCAAGGCUACAUGCUUUUCUCCUGUUACACAUAGGUUUUGGGGUGGGGUGGGGUGGACUGAACAUUUUUGUUUGGGAAGGUAUUGGGUCUCUUAUAGCCCUACUCUCAAGCCUUCAGUACUCUCCACUCUUUAUUUCUUUGUUUCUCAAUUUAUUAAAGCCCCAAGACUGCAUAUAUGAGCCUUUAAACAUAGGUAAAGCUAUCACAGUGAAUGGUUUGGAAGGUGUGUUAAGAAAUCGAGAUGCUCCAGAGUUCAUCAUAAUUUUUCUAAACAGCAAGUUCCAUCUCCCUCCAAUCCUCUGAAGCUUUUACCCGAGUCCUUUCUUGCCUCUUCAGUGCUUUUUUUCCCUUCAGAUGGACCUUAAACAUAAUUUCUUGGACACUACUAGAGAGACUUUGAGGCAGUAGUUAAAAAUCAGUAUUAACCAGCUCUAACAGAGGUUUGAUCAUGCUUACUUGUACAGUUUUCCCCCAUUUAAAAAAGGAAUGUAAUAAAAUUUGUUUUUUCCAUAGAAUUAAAUAAUAUUAAAAUUGAGUGAAAGGUUGAUUGUUGACAAAUAGAAUAGUACCUCUAAUCUGUGCAGUGUCUCAUUUCACCUUAGAAAAAUAUACGUAAGAAUUUCUAAUUUAUUUUAGGAUAUUCUAAUCUGAUCUAAAAGAAUUUGACUUGUACAGGGUUAUUGUGGGACAUAUUGUGGAAUAUCAUAAGUACCUCUGACUCACUUGGUACUUGCUGAAUGACCAUGCUUUGGAAGAUUCACACUAUUUGGGAUAGAGAAAUAAACAAGGAAGAAAGGACUGGUUAAUUAAAUCAUCAUUCGUAUGUGUUUAGAGAACAUCUGGUUGUCACAUAGAUUAUGAUACAUGUACUUUGCAUAGUUACAUAUCACAUAUAUAUAGAUUAAUGAAUUUUAAAACACGGCACACCUCCAUUUGAAAAUCUCAAGCAAGGUUUGUGUUGAGUGGGAUAAGGCACCAGGAAAAAUGUAGGUAGCCUUUUAAAAAAUGUUAUCGAAUUAACCAAAUAAUUAUAAGAAGUAUCUGAGAUUAUUUCAUCUUUAGUUUUACUCACUAUCCAUCUUUUGUGCAUUCUUACUAUAUGAAAACAGAGUUAGCAACCUAUUUCUGGAUCAUACGCUCAUGUUAGAAUCAAAAAGGCAGGAACGGUCAUCUUAAGCCUUUAAAAACAUGACUAUCCUCUUGAAUUCCCUCAAAGUAAGGUAAAGAAUAUGAACGAAUCAUACUGGAAGAACCCAAAUUAAACAGCCCAGGUAUUUAAAUGAAAGUUAAAUAUAUUUUCAUAUUGUUUAAUAACUUUUGUAUAAUCUUUAUUGCUAUUAUGAGAGGUAAAAAUGUGUGUUUAUCAAAUAUGUAUAAAUGUUGUCAUGCCAAAAUCUGAAUUAUUGUAAAACUAUUGUCUGUUGUUACAAUUGUAAUUCUGAAUUGUAUUUAAAAGUAAUUCUUUCUGAUACUGUUUUUCUGUCACCCAUGAUGAAAAGUGGACUAUGUAUACACAAACACACAAAUAUGAACUAUUGCAUUUAAAUUUUUUAAUAGUUAUUUUCUUUUGAUUGGUCAUUUUUGCUGACUUUAACUCCACUGAACUUUGAAAUGUUUCUGUAUAUGCUGUCAAUUACAAAAAUGCCCUGGGUCAGCAUUCAAGAGACUUGGCUUUCAUGAAGCACUUUGUCAGACUUUGGAGAAGGUACUGAAGGCAUUGAAAGAAGUAAUUUGGCUGUCAAGAUCAUCUCUUCUUUUUCUCAAGAAGAAAACAAUGGAAAAAGAAAUUCUCUUCAUUCAGUGAAUCCCUAGUUUGGGGUCUGGGGAGCUUAGAGACACUGUGAAAUCAAAUCUUGUGUUACAUUUUUCUUCUGGCUCACUCUUUUUGAGAAGGUUUAUGGGCUAUAUGGCUGGUGAGACACGAUCCCCUCCUAAGAAAAUGUAGGUGCUCAGACAGGUAACCUCUGCUGCUACUGUUUUUAUUUGUUUGUUUGUUUGUUUAAUUUCUUUUAAAAUUUGUUUUUGUUGUACUAGGAUGUUUUAAAAUGUAAUAUAUUGCAGGAUUUAUAAUGAGGUUCACUGCUUUCUUUCUUUUUUUUCUUAAAAAACAAAACAAAGUUUCAUUUAAGAUACAUUUAGGCGCCUUUGAAGCUUCGAUUUUGGAAUGUUUCAGUAGUGGAAAGAAAUCUGCUGUUGGAAUCUUCUAGUCUUCCAGGUUUAAUUUGAAAUGUUUUUAGUUUUGUUUUGGAUUUUUGUGUGGUAUUUUAUUUCCUUUAUACCAAUGGCCUUUUGCCAUGCUGUUUUUCGGGUGGCUGCCUAACUCUAGUGAAAAUUCUUUCUAUAUUAACGAAAAUGUGGUGUUUUAAAUUCCUUAAUGUUUUGCAUUUUUUAAUUUGUUUUUAAAGAAAUAUUCUAACUGCUUGCACUAUUACUGUUCUUUGCCAGCCUUUUCAGGAGCCAAAAAAACAAAAACAAACAAACAAAAAAAUACCCAGAGAAAAAACUUUCCUUCUUCCCCCUUCCUGAUGAUGAGUGAGAAGUAUUGAGAACUUUCGGGGUCAGUGCCCUUCUAAACUCCCCUUCCCCCAAUAAUGCAGCUGUAGAAUGAAUGGUAAAUGCAGCGGUUUGGAUUCAGGCACAGCCCCCGCCUGUUGGCAGGUAAUUUGAUUCUUUCUCCUUUUUUUUAAUCACAAGGCUAACUUUACUUUCUUUUAAAAAUUUAUUUUCUUGAUGUACUUUGAAGGCACUCAUGGGUUUGUAAUAAUUUUAAUUUCAAAAAGCAAUAUAUAAAUAUAUGUAACAAAUAAUUUUGAUUAUAGAAGAACUUUGGGGGUAAAUUUUGAAUUGGUUGGGAUGAACUCAGGACUGUCUUUUGGGAUUUGCUUUAGUCAUUUAGACCUCUCCAUUCCUUGCAUAUAUGUCUAUAGUAUUUCAGAGUGUGACUUUUUUGGGUUUGUUUUUGUUUUGGGUUUGUUUGUUUCUUCCAUUGUGCUAUUCUGGCUUAAGCUUUUUCAGGGGUUGGUGUUCCGAAUACACAGUGAGCUCACAGUAUAAAGACAUCAAUUAGGAGUUGACAGGUAUGGAAAACUAGCCUUUUGAAAAGGUAAAAUUAGGUUCUAGGUUAUAUAUAUGGUAAAAAUCCACCAUAGCUUUCAGUUUACUUUAGUGGUUCUCUUUCUGUGAUUUCACUAUAAGAAUGAAAGGGAAUGAUGAGCCAAAGAUAGAAGAAAACAGUUCGGUUAUUUUAGGAGCAGUGUGAUUUUAGAAUUAAUCACUUUAGCAUUUCUGAGACACUAGUUCUAACAAAGAGGUAGAUGUCAGCAGUUUGAGCAGUAGGAUAAUGGUUUAAACAUUCAAAAGUUAACAGGCUUGAGCAGAUUGAAGAGUGUUUGUGAAGCACAAGAUCAUGAAGCCGAUUAACCAAGAACAAAUUUAGUGGCAGGAAUAAGAAUACAAAUAAUCCAUUUUAAUAGCCUUCCUGUUAGUUAAUAUAUUAUCACCUCCUGUGUACCCCAGUCCACUUACCCUUUUUCCUCCUUUUCCCUUUCUGUCUAAAAUUUUAUCUCUAAUAUGAGUUAAUAUCAUUUUGGGAGAUAAUCUGCUUUCUAACAAGUAGAAUUUUAGUGACAAUAGUUAGGACCUUUUCAGGAUAUGUACUCUCCUGUCCUAUCCAAGGAGGCCAUAAGUCCAGUAACCCACUAUUUUGUGAAUAAGAAAUCCUGGCUUAUAAUGCUAUUUCUGUAGCUGAAGGCAUAAGAUAAAUCAUUAACCUGUUUUGUGCCUCAGUUCACUCAAAUGAGGUAUAGAAAGUCAUUCCCCUUAAGUAUCUUAAGAUAAAAAUAUUUAUAUCUUGAAAUAUACUAAGAAGGAAAUCCAAGCCACACCCCUGCAGUAAUUUGUGAUGUAUACUAAAUAGGCUUGUGUGCAAGGACCUUGUUCUCUUGCUGGUAAGAAGGGCCAGCGUUAGAAUGUGUGCACUGUGUGGCUGCAUGGGAUGUGGAGUGUUUGUCAGUCUCUACUCUGCUGCCCUGUGAAGACCACGACAUGUUAAGAAUGAUCUUGCUUCCAAAUUUUACCAUAUUCAGACUAAAUUAGCUGGGCCAUAUGUAGCAUAUAUAUCUGGCUGCCAUUGUGGGUAUUGGGAACAUGAGGGGUGGGUGAAUUGUUGUUGUUUUAGGUUUCAGUCAGACAGCCAUCCCUGUGCCCCCAGUUCCCAGAAGCACAGCAGGCCUCUAGGAGCAUCCGUGGGAACGGCGCAGUCCUGACAUCACCACCUCUCCUGCUCAGGCUCAUCCCAUAUACAGAGGUCAAAGGGGUGGGGUUUAAGAUCGGGGGAAGGAAUGAGAAAGCAGAAACAAUGUCACUGCCAUGCCACUGUUGACUAGCAUUUGUUGCUUAUGUCAGUGUUUAAAUUGGCUUUUUUUUUUUUUUUUUUUUUUUUUUUAAUCUGGGGGUAAAGGUAGUGGGAGGGUGGAACAGAAACAAACCAUUGUUUCUAGUUCAUUAUUAAUACUAGCUCAUUCUUGGAUAUUGUUGCUUAGUAGUUAAUACAGAAGACAAAUCUAGACCCCAAUAAUAAGAAUGGGACUAGAAAUGAAUUUCAGGAUAUUAACAAACAAAACAUUUAUGUGGUGUUGAUUUCCAGUUGUACAAUGGCUAUUGCAUUUGUCACUCUGUCUCCCUUUUUCUGCCCUCGCUCUUUUAUGUAUGUAUCUAGUUUGAGGAAAUGUGCAUUUGUGGUCAGUCCUUUUAAAAGGACUUAAUGCAUUUAUUACUCUUUUGUAAAAAAUAAUACCCACUGCUUAUAUGGGCAUACAAAUGCUACCCUAUUUUAAAUGUAGGUGGCGUAUGUGUUCGUGUUUUAUUGUAUUCAGAGCCAUUGUGCAAUAAGCAGUCCAGAACAUUGAAACUCAAGCAGGUAAAGCACCCUUAGUUUCUAGAAUUAUCUUUAAAAAACUCCUUUAUUGCUAUGUCUUCCACAAGUGUUUGGUAGUCUUUGCUGGCUUUGUAGACUACCCUGUAAGAAUUUGUAGAGAUAGGUGAAGAAGGAAAGUAUAACAGAAAAGAAAUGACUACUUGAGAUGGCAACUGCUGAGGGUCUCAGUCUCCUUUCCUCCCAGCAUGAGCAUUGAUCAUACAUGUUUUGAUUUUCUGUGAUUGGGAAUUUUGUUUUAACUUGUGGUGGGGAGGUUUCAGGGAAACAGGAAGUUCAUGUACAUCUGAAAAUAUGAAAUGUUAAAGAAAUGAAUUUUUCUCUUUUAACUUGAAUAGUAAGCAAGAACUUUUUCUAUAUACCCUUCUGCUGCAGCAGAGAAAUAAACUGGUAGGUGGCAGCAGAAGAGGAAUUCUUCAGAUUGAUGGCUGCUGACAAAAUUUGACAGACCAUGUCAAGCAGGAGGGGCAAAAAUGGAAACAGGACUAAGAUUCCUAAAUCUUGACUCUGCAUGGUUCUUUUGAUCUCACAGAAUGGAUGAAGAUAGAUUUGACCAUAUGUUUUUUCAAAUGGAGGAUAGAAAUACACAGAACAAGGAAGCAGUAGCUCUAACCUGUUUAAUUCAGUGUGUUUUCUAAAAUAAAGACACCAGACUGGAAAUGAAGUAUCAUGGAGUAUGAUUUGUUCUCUUUGCAGCUAUUUCUACCCACUCCAUUUUGAUGAAUUCACUUCAGCCCAUACAUCUGGACUUGUCUAACUUUACAUGUGUCAUUCUCUCUCUGUUUUUUUUUUUUUUUUUCUUUACUUUUUGCAAGAUGAAACUCCUUGGUUCUUGAUAGACUGAUUUCUCUAUAAUAUAUUCUGAUAUGAUUACCCCUUUUGGCACAAAGAUGUGUGUUAUGUGGAUUUCCUCCGGCCCAUUUGAUCUCAGUUUAUCUGUCCUUGCUGAAUAAUUGUUGCUGUUUUUUUAAUCUCUGAAAAAGUGCAGCCUUUUUUUUUGUUUCACUCUGUCAAGGCUUGGCACACAUUUGUCAUUAGCAGUGCUCACUGCAUUUUAAUUUUGAGACUGGAGACCAUGUCUGAUCUAGUUUAUUUGAACUAUAGGGGAUCUGAUAACAUAUGUGUGUAUACAGAGGCAGCCCUAGUAAUUUUGACAAAGAAUGGGCUUUGUCAUCAGAUACUGAUAGUAAUUCGGAUCUCAUUAUUUACUGUUUAGCCACUGGACAAGUCACCUGUAAGCCAUAAAGGAGUGUCUGUAAAAAAAUAAGUAAUUGUACCUACUUUACUAGGUUAACGUGUAAGGUUUAGCUCAGCUAUAAUACAUGUAUAGUGCUUAGGACAUAAUUGAGUAUUUAAUAAAUAGUAAAUUUUGGUUAUCCAUACCUUAA